AUGCCAUUGACACCUGAAGUACUAUGGGCACAGAGAUCAAGUGAUUCUGAUGCUGAAAAGAACUACCUAUUGGUUACAAUCGCAAUUCCAGACUGUGAAGAACCUAAGUUGAAAUUGGAGCCAAAUUACUUGGAAUUCAGCGCUAAGAACAAGGGACACGUCGGUGACGAAGCCAGUCAUCAGUACCAUCUGCACAUAGAUUUCUUCAAGGAGGUCGUACCUGAGAAAUCUUUACACAAGGUAGAGAACGGGUUAUCUUAUUUCCUAAAGAUUUACAAGAAGGACUUGGAUGCUGAAUACUGGCCACGCUUGACCAAGGAAAAAGUUAAAUACACUAAUAUCAAGACCGAUUUUAACAAAUGGGUUGAUGAAGACGAGCAAGAGACUGCUCCUGCCGAUGCAGGUGAUUUCGGAGAUCUAAUGGGGGGCGGGACCCCAGAUUUGGAAGCUCUUAAGGCUCAAUUAGGACAGACCGGUGGAUUGGACCAAGGUGAAGAAGAAGAGUAG